GUACCUGGUGCUACGAUUCACAAGAUCCUAAGUGUGGUAAGUACUUGAAAUGAGGUUUUCAAUUUUUCUCUGUCUGCACUUCCAUUUCUUCCACAAAGAGCCAUGGGAAAUAUAGUCUGCUAAGGGGGCUGCGAAGUGUACCUCUGUGCAGGGCAAAUGACAGUCCCUGGGAUUCUGGGAUAGAAGUCACAUGCAUCAAAUGUGCUUUAAAUGCAUGGCGUGUCUGGGCCCUAAGACAGUUUCCCCUCAACCUGGGCCCCCAAAAGAUGUUUCGGACCACAACUGCCAUCAGCCCCAGCUAUGUCCUCCAGGCCUCUUGGUCUAGCUUGGAGCUUUCCAAACUUUCCAUGUUGGUGACACACUUUUUAGACAUGCAUCAUUUUGUGACACAGUAAUUCACUUUUGCAUCAUUUCAUAAAACUUAAUAAUUCAGUUUUACUAGCAAACUGGAGGUUAAAAGAAUCCCUUUCCAUGGAUUGUAAUUGAAAACUCAUAAAGAUUUCACACACACAAACACACACACACAAACCUUGGUUCUCAAAUGGCUUAGUUGACGAACAAAUCAGAACCCAAAUGCCUCAAACCUGGAAGUACUGUAAGUGUUCUGGUUCGAAAAUGUUUUUCAGAAGCCGAAUGUCCAGUGCGGUUGUAGGCUAUUGUUUCUGGGGCACCAGCACCAAUCGGAAGCUGUGCCUUGGUUUUCGAACGUUUUCAGAAGUCAAAUGGACUUCCGGAAUGGAUUACAUUCGAGAACCAAAGUACCACUGUGUACAGUCACACCUUGGAAGUCAAACGGAAUCCGUUCCGGUAGUCCAAAUCACGGCUUCUGACUGGUUGCAGGAACCUUCCAGGAUGCUCCCAGAGGCUCCAAGCUGGUUGUCUAGUAAAUUAUAAAGACAUGGAAAAGUUUCUUACCGUCCUUUUUUAUUUCAAUCUUUACAGAGAGAGGCUAUAGAACCCAGCCUCUUGGAUAAUGGCAUCUCCACCCAUGUCUCUCCCACUUCCUCAUUCAUCACUUCUACGGGUGCUUCUAUGUGCCCUCUGUCUUUGAGCUCUUUGCUCUCCUACUUUUAAGGCUUGCCGGGUUCUGGGAGAUGGAGGGUCAGAGAUGCUUUCUAAAUACACCAUGUCAGCCAGCUGCUGCUCCACUUCUGCUUCCUCUUCCAUUAUUUCCCAACUUUCCCCCUCAUCUGCCUCUGAGCUGUGACCUCCCUCAAACCCCUGUUAUAGAUCUAUACUGUUUUCCUGUUCCUCCUCCCUGGAGGGGUCAGGUUAGUAGGCGGUCUCCACCAUUCCUCCUCUGCCCAGUCCCUGACAAUAUCUCUCAGAACAACUGAAGAAUCAUAGAUGGGUCUUAUGUGGCAGAAAGACGUGGGUGCAAAUGGUGUCCAGUCCGGAGCUUUUUUCAGCUGGAACUCACUGGAACUCAGUUCCGGCACCUCCCAGUUGGCCGCCAUUGCCAUUCCCUUGGCGAGUUCUGGCACCCUUUUUCUAGAAAAAUAACACUGGUCCAGCCUACCUAAGGGUUUCAGGCAAGAGGUGCUACCUAAAUAUGAUGCAGAUUGAACCUGAGUCCUUCUGCAUGCAAGAUAGAUGCCCAGCACUGAGCUAAAUCCCUUCUCAUAACGGUCCUCUGUAAAGUAGGGAUGCUGUGCACUCACAAUAUAUAUAUAUAUUCUGCCCCUGAGCUGUAGCCAAUCCAGGGAUGCCUUGAGAGAAGGUGAAUAUAAAUAGGAAUUUGGAAUGGAAUCUGCUGUUGGUCUUCAGAGGCGAUAAUGCUCACCAAAAUAGCUCAUUUAGCCUGUCAGACUAAAGAUAGGUCCGGCGAGGAAACCCUGCUGAAUUAUAAAUAAGAAAAAGCCCUGCUUCGUGAUUAUUAAUGAAGGUCAGCCCAGCCAGAGGGCAUCUCCUGUUGGCGGCAGGAGGCGAGGAAGGAACAACAAAGAGACUAAUGAGCGUGUUGGCUGAGGCAUCUGCGUAGCAGUGGUUUGCUGGCGGAGGUGUUGAUUUUAAUCGAUACAAAUAGCCUCCAUUUAACUCAGGUGCAGGGGGAAGCUGUUUCCAAUUCGAGGACCGCAUUCCCUUCUGGGAAACCUUCCAGGAGCCGCAUGCCAGUGCUAAGUGGUGGGGCCAGGGGGAGGGGAAGAAGAGGGGAGAGCAACGGAUGAGACUCUUACCUUCGUUCCAGCCAUGCAGGACCGGUCCACCCUUGAGGGGAGGUCAGGUGACCGCCUCGGGUGGCAGGAUUCCUGGGGGAAGCAGAUGUGGACUCCAAGGAAUGCAUCACCUGCUGCCACUGCCACUGCCGCAAUGUGCUGACAUCACUUGCGCAUGCUGCGGGGCAUGUUGAUGUGCCAUGCGGAUGCCCCACGGCUUGACCGCGUAAUAUGAGCACACCCUGUGGUAUGCGUGCAUGGCCGCUGCAGAACUUGGGGGGCCUUUUGAUUUGAAAUUUUUGGGGAGCCCAGGCCCCCCGGCCUCCACUACUUGGCGCCCCUGAACAAUGGUGCCACAAGUACUCAGCCAGCCGCCCCAUUAUGGCCAUCACGGUCAGGAUGCUAUAAGGCAAGGGAAAGUUUCUUAUUGUCCUUUUUUAUUUCAGUCUUUACAGAGAGAGGCUAUAGAACCCAGCCCCUUGGAUAAUGGCGUUGUCUUGAGUGAAUCUCCACCCUCCGUCUCUCCCACUUUCUCAUUCAUCUCCUCUAUGGGUGCUGCUAUGAGCCCUCUGUCUUUGAGCUCUUUGCUCUCCUACUUUUAAGGCUUGGCAGGUUCUGGGUAUGGAUAUUUCACCCCUCCCAUUGCAAGAAUCUCCUGACAAUGUUUUCAGAAAGGAGUGGGCGGAAUCUGCUCAUCGCUUCUUCCGCUCCAGCCUGACUCUGUGGGAAUCCAAGUGUUAUCUGUGUAGAGAUAAGAUGACUGCUUAAGCAGCUGUAACACUCAUGCAGUCCAGUAGCCUCCGAUAGUCUUUAGAUUCUCGUUUAUUUAGUUUGCAGUAGUUGUAAAAGAAUAAAGACGUUAUGCUUCAGAGCCGUCGUUCGUGUAGUUCAUCCUCUGCUGUGCUCUGCUGACUUUGGCACUGACUUUGGUGCUCACAGCUCAAAGUUGUGAGUCCAUUGCACUUAGACCUGCUUCCCUGCAGCGGAAGGUCUCUGGAACUGCUUUCCUAGCUUGCCUGGCCCGGUCGAGGCUUAAGAGGUUGAGUCCAGUCAUUGGUACCGGCUUAAGGGCGAAGCUGACACUGGGAGAUGGAGGGUCUGGGAUGCUUUCUAAUGACAAGGUGUCAGCCGGGUGUUGUUCUGGCUCUCCCAUUAUUUCCCAACUUUCCCCUUCAUCUGCAUCUGAGCUGCGACCUCCCUCAAACCCCUGUUGUCAAUCUAUACUGUCUUCCUCUUCCUCCUCCCUAGAAGGGUCGGGAUGGGGAGGCGGUCUCCACCAUUCCUCCUCUGCCCAAUCCCUGACAAUCACAUUCUGCACCAGGCCCCUCUAUGUGGGGCUCCACAUAGAGUCCAUUGCAGUCAUCCAGCCUUGAGGUUACCAAUGAAAUGGGCUACAGUGAUCAGGUUGUCCACGGAAGUUUUCCCUCACCUUCCUUCCGACAAGAAGCUUAGCUUCUCCAGCCUUUGUAGAGUAAGGAUUUCAUCUGCCUUCGGGCCCAUCUCUUCCUUUCUGCCUCACUCUUCCCUUCUCCUUAGGUCCUUUGCACUGGAAGGACAUCAUGAUAACCUGUGGGGGAGAGAACCAGUCGCCCAUUAACAUCGACAGAAGGAAAACUCAACGAGACAGGAACCUCGACGAGAUCUUGUUUGAAGGCUACGACCAGGCGCCUCCUGGCAGGUGGAGACUGAUAAACGAUGGACACUCAGGUGGGCGUGGAGAGGACACAGCUUCUUCUGGAGAUGCUUUCCAAGGCCACAUUCACACCAUACAUUUAAAGCACGAUGAGAAUACGUUAAACAGUCAUGGCUUCCCCCAAAGAAUUCUGGGAGCUGUAGCUUGUUGUGGGUGCUGAGAGUUGUUAGGAGAUAUCUAAUUCCCUCCCAGAGCUACAAUUCACAGAGUGGUUUAACUAUGAAUCCCACUUCUCUGGGAACUCUGGGAACUGAGGGGAACAGGAGUUCUCUUAACAACUUUCAUCACACUUAUUGAACCACAGCUCCCAGAAUUCUUUGGGCAAAGCCAUGACUGUUUAACGUGGCAUCACAGUGACUUAAAGGUCUGGUGUGAAUGUGGGCCAAGUGUUUUCUAUAUAGUACUCAUUUUUGCAUCCUUAAGAUAUCAAUGACUUCCCUUCCUCUCUUUCCAUGGUUCAUUUUACAUAUCAUAAAUCCCUGCAUAUUUUACAGAAACUAUACCAUUCAGUAUUCCAUUAUCACAUCCAUCAAAACUUAUUUACACUGUUGAAUUUAUCUUAAUGCUGCCCACGUUUUCAAGUGUACACAAAUUUCCCCCCAUAUAUUAAUAAACAUUUUCCAAUCUUCUCUAAACGUAUGUUCUUCUUGUUCUCUUAUUCUAUAUGUUAAGUCUCAACUUGAGUUGCCAUUCUUCUUUGGCUGGGACUUCACUCGCUUUCCAUUUUUGGGCUAACAAAGCACGGGCCGCAGUAAUAGCAUACAUAAAUAAUCUUGGGCCAAGUGUUUUCUAAUGCAGGUUUAGAGAACCCUUCUGGGGUCUUGUGUUGCAUUAGUGUAGAACUGUCUGUCUCUGAUCUCUCUCUUUUUGACCUGGCCUCCUUGGCAGUUGUCAUGAACCUAGAUGGAGCAUCUGCUGCAGAUCAAAUUAACAUCACCAAAGGAGGACUUCAGGACACGUACCGGGCCUUGCAUUUCCACUUCCACUGGGGGGACCUCAGUCGAAAUGGCUCAGAGCACACCGUUGAUGGUCAGCAGUACCCAAUGGAGGUACAUUGAGCUUCCCAACUUUGAUUUUCUUAGCAAUGUCGUGCAGUAUUGAAAAGGCCCCGUCUAGAAUCGUCACAGGCCACGUUCACACUAUACAUUAAAAUCACCAGGAUACUACUUUCAAUAGGCAUGGCUUCCACCAGAGAAUUCUGGGAGAUGAGGUUCAUUAAGGGCACUGAGAGUUGUUAGGAGAGACCCCUGUUCCUCUCACAGAUCGACAGUUCUCAGACUGGUUUAACAACCCCUCCCUCUUCCCAGGGUGGUGCUGUGGUCUAAACCACUGAUCUCUUGGGCUUGCCGGUCAGAAGGUCAGCCGUUCGAAUCCCCGCGAUGGGGUGAGCUCCCAUUGCUCUGUUCCAGCUCCUGCCAACCUAGCAGUGUGAAAGCACGCCAGUGCAAGUAGAUAAAUAGGUACCACUGCGGCGGGAAGGUAAAUGGCAUUUCCAUGCACUCUGGCUUCCUUCGCAGUGUCCUGUUGUGCCAGAAGCGGUUUAGACCUGCUGGCCACAUGACGUGGAAAUCUGUCUGUGGACAAAUACCGUCUCUCUCGGCCUGAAAGCAAGAUGGGCGCCACAACCCCAUAGUCAUCUUUGACUGGUCUCAACCGUCCAGGGGUCCUUUACCUUUUUUUAACCUCCCCAGGGAACUAUUGGAACUAUGGCUCUGUGAGGGGAAUAGGGGACUCCUAACAACUCUCAGCACCCUUAACAAACUACACUUCCCAGAAUUCUUUGGUGGAAGCCAUGACUGUUUGAAACUGUAUACUUGUGAAAGCCAAUGUGGUGUGGUGGUUAGAGUGUUGGACUAGGCCUGGGAGACCUGGGUUCAAAUCCCCACUCAGCCAUUAAGCUCACCAGGUGGUCUUGAGCCAGUCACUGACUCUCAGCCUAACCCCCCCCCCUUGCAGGGUUGUUGUCAUCUUAAAAUGGGGAGGGGCAAACCACGUGUACCACCUUGAGCUCCUUGGAGGAAAAGGGCGGUGUAUAAAUGCAAGAAAUAAGUAAAAAUUGUGCUGUAAAUCUGUGGUGUGAAUGUGUUUUUAGUCAUAAUCACAGUCAUAGGUCACGUUUCCCCCAAGUACAUCUAUGCUCAAAGAGGUUCGUGUAAAACAAAAUGUAAUGGUUCUAGGGGUUGCUCGUGCGUAAGCUUGUCCCAACCUCUGGCUGGGUUGCCUGAGUGAACGUUUCCUCUCCGGGCAGCCACUCGCCCGUGACUGUCUCAAUCACUGGCAGAAUCCGUCAGUGGGCGUUUCUUAAACUUCUUCCAGCAAAGAAGCUCUUUGACGCCAAGUCUCCUCCUACUCUCCCUGCGUGGAAGCCUUCUGCGCAAGGAGGGCGUAGGCAGCGGAGGACCCUUCCUCUCCCCGCUGAUCCCCGGCAAGGAGUCAUGGGACCGCCUCGCCGAUUCCCCCAUCUGCCCCCCUUCUCCACUGGAGCUACGUUGAUUCUCUUCCUCAGAAGACGGGCUGCCUCUCCCACUCCCGGGACGCUCUCUGGGAUCCCUUUGGAGCUUGCUCUCUCCCUCGGACACUGAUGGCAGUUCCCUGACACAAAACAAAAAUACAGUAGUACAAUAAAAUUAAAUCAAGAAAUACAGUCCCAGAAAUGACCCCCGUAAUCACACCACCUCCAAUUUUCCAAGACUGAUCUAUUCAGAAAUUGAUCUUUCUCCAACCUUCAGGGUAGAAGUGGAGACAAGUUUCUGAUAUUGUUUGUUGGAAUAGGGAACAGCCACUCCAUUAAAUGGCGUACAGUGAAUAACCCUAAAUCAGCUCUCUGUAUUAUAUUUAGCAAGAAGCUACUAAUUAGGCAAGACCCCUGGCAUUUCCACCUUUUGAUCUUGCUAAACGAUGGACAAACCAGCCAUUCAUCAUGAUAGCUGAAAUGAGGAUGACAUGAAAGGGUUCUUUUUCUUUAUUAAAAAAAAGAAGAAGACUCUAGGAUGAUUACAGGCAACUAGUCCUAUCAUUUCGAUUAUCUUUAACUGUUAAAUACAGAGUAUUAAAACAGGUUGUAAAAAUAUAAUGAGGUGUUUUCUUUUUACCUCAGAGCUACAAUCAGCCAUUUUGGGGACAGCAUGUCAAAUGCCAUAAUAGUGCCAUGGAAGUGGGAUCGGCCUACAAAAUGGCAUACAGAUCAAUUCUGCAGAGAUAGUGGAAGUGGCGAGAGAAGGGGUAAAAGACAUAUAGGUCCCAUCCAAACAUAGCUGUCAACUUACAGAUUUGAAAAUAAGGGACCAGCAGCCUUGAAAAUAAGGGACCAGCAGCCAAAAUAAGGGACCUGCAGCCUCACCUGUUCCAGGCAUUCCAGUCUUCCUGUCCUCCUGCAGUCUGGUCAAACUCAUGCUGGUAGCUCUGAGAACACUGUCCAACCAACUUUGUAACCAGAGGUUCAACUGAAUAGAAUCUGAAUCACAUGCACCACAAGGCCUAUGCAGCCUCAACUUAAGAUGGCUCCCCGGCCUGGCUUUGCACUGCAAAGUUUGCAGCAGCACGUGCAACAAAAUGGCGUCAAGCAUUCAAAAAACCCCUCAGCUUGCAUUAACUAGCCACACACAAGGCAUUCAAGCUCCACCCCCCAGUCGUUCUUAGACUUCUUAUUGGGUGAGCAACACAGCCAAGCAACACAGUUGGAGCCUCCCUCCUCCCUGGCCGGCAGGGAGGGAGGGAGAGGAGCUGCUUCAUUUGAAAUUUAAGGGACAUAAUUUAAGGGACAUUUAAGGGACAUCCAUCAGUAAGGGACAGCAGCGGGACAUGGCGCUGGAAUAAGGGACUGUACCUUCAAAUAAGGGACACUUAACAGCUAUGCAUCCAAACCAUACGCUCAUACCGUGACGUCCCUUGCACAGUCAUGGAGCAUCCUGGGAGCUGUCAUUUGUUAAAGAUGCUGGCAGUUGCAGCUCUGUGAUCUCAGUGCUCUUAACAAACCAUCAUUCCCAGCAUUCUCCAUGACUACUACCAUAUCUUUCGCCCCAUAAGAUGCACCUGACUGUUAGACGCACCUAGUUUUUAGAAGGGGAAUGCAAGAAAAAAAAUAUUCUUUAAAGGGAGCGCUGAGCAGAGCCUGUAUGCGUCCCAGGCUCUGCUCAGCGCUCCCUUUCACGAUCCGUGUGGAGCAUGUGUGCGGCGCUUGCAGGCUUUUCCCCAGGAGGGAGAAGUUCCCAAGAGCCCCAUACACGCUCCAUGCGGCUAGUGAAAGGGAGUGCGGCUCUUGGGGGCUUUUCCGGGAGGUGGGGGAAGGGACUGAGGGGCUGCCCUCUGUCCCUUUCCCCACCUCCCACAAAAGCCAGCAAGAGCCGCACGCUCUUUAAAGUGUGUGCGGCUCCUGUGGGCUUUUCUACGAGGUGGGAGAAGGGACUGACGUGGCCAGUCAGUCCCUUCUCCCUCCUGGGGAAAAGCCUGCAAGAGCUGCACAGAGCGUGUGUGCGGCUCUUGGGGGCUUUUCCCGCCUGCCUCCCACCUGCAUUCGCUCCAUAAGAUGCACACACAUUUCCCCUUACUUUUUAGGAGGGAAAAAGUGGUCUUAUGCAGCGAAAAACACGGUUAAGAAUAAUCUUUAUUGUGGUCUAAAAACCAGUAACAUAGAUUCAGAAUAAAAUGCAGAUUCAUACAGACAACCCCCCGGGAGAGGGAGACUGAGGCGAUAUUUGUUUAGACUUAAUGCCACCUUCCCUCUUGUACCAUCUGGGUUAUGAUAUUGCCCUUGAAUCUCUGAGGCAAAGGCUUGGGACAUAUCACAUAGCGAUCUCCGAUCUCAAUCUCAUGUUAUCUGUGGUCCGAUAGCAGUAGGAAUUCAUUACGGGUACGAUUUUCCUGCAUAUCUUAGAAAUCUGUCUGUGCCAACUUAUCGGCGUCUCUUUACCAAAGGCAGAUUAUAUGUAUUUCCAUCAGAAGUGCUAAAUGGCAGACUAAGAGGCAUCCCUUAUCAGAAUAGGCUCUGUGUAUGCUCUCAGGACGUUGAUUGUAUGAGGCAUAUCCUACUGCAUUGCGGACAAUAUGAGCAAGCUAGGGAUCUAUUGGGAUGCGGGUGGAGCUGUGGUCUAAACCACCGAGCCUUGGGCUUGCUGAUUGAAAGCUGGCGGAUCGAAUUCCUGCGACGGGGUGAGCUUCUGUUGCUCGGUCCCUGUUCCUGCCAACCUAGCAGUUUGAAAGCACAUCAAAGUGCAAGUAGAUAAAUAGGUACCGCUCCGGCGGGAAAGUAAACGGCGUUUCCGUGCUCUGCUCUGGUUCGCCAGAAGCGGCUUAGUCAUGCUGGCCACAUGACCUGGAAAAACUGUCUACGGACAAACGCCGGUUCCCUCGGCCAGAAAAGCGAGAUGAGCGCCGCAACCCCAGAGUCAUUUGUGACUGGCCUUAACAGUCAGGGGUCCUUUACCUUUACCUUUUAAGGGAUCUAUUGAUUAAAUCCCUACUGGUAAAUCUGAAGACUACUAUAAUAAAUAUCUUCUGAAUGACAAGUCUAAUGAUAUCACAGUGGUUGUGGCAAAGUUUCUUUCGGUAGUCUUACUAAAUAGUGUUUUAAGUGUAACCAUAAAUGGUAGAGGGACCCCUGACCAUUAGGUCCAGUCGUGACCGACUCUGGGAUUGUGGCGCUCAUCUCGCUUUAUUGGCUGAGGGAGCCUGCAUGACUAAGCCGCUUCUGGCAAACCAGAGCAGCGCACGGAAACGCCGUUUACCUUCCUGCCAGAGCAGUACCUAUUUAUCUACUUGCACUUUGAUGUGCUUUCGAAUUGCUAGGUUGGCAGGAGCAGGGACCGAGCAAUGGGAGCUCACACUGUCGCGGGGAUUCAAAUCGCCCACCUUCUGAUCGGCAAAUCCUAGGCUCUGGGGUUUAACCGACAGCACCACCCACGUCCCAUGGUGUAACCAUAGUUAGAAGGAAAGAAUAGGGUGUUUUGGAGCACAUUCUAGACCACAGCUUUCCAAACUUUUCAUGGUGGUAACACACGUUUUAGACAUGCAUCGUUUCAUGACACAGGAGUUCAGUUUUACUAGCAAACCAGAACGAACCCCUUUCCUGCCCUUGGAGGAAUGUGGAGAGUUUCAUGUGACACACCUACACACUGCAGCCGACACACAAAUGUCGCGACACAGGGUUUGGAAACCUCUAUUAUCAGGGCUGCCAUAUGUCCACAUCACUGGGAUUUCAAUGGUGUACCGUAAUUUAUGUCCAGGGGGGCAAUUUGUCCUGGGUCUUAGGCGAGUCAAAUUUUUCCACGCUUUUGGGGUGUCCUGGUUUUUACUUUUUGAAAUAUGGCAACUCUAUCUGUACUAGACCUUUGACUUUGAUUUCAAGACUGAGUUUGCAUUCUUUUGAGAGAAAAUUAGCCCUUGGGCAACUCUCUUAAUUUCAGCUGCCGGAUUUAGGCAGGGAAAAGUCCUGUUUGUCGUUAAGUAAAUUGGGAAUCGGAACCCCUUGUCAAUCUGUGACAAGUCACCCAGGGACCUAUCAGUUGACCCCCCUUCCCUGCUUUAAAGUCUGCCAGUGAAUGAAUAUCCCCAAAGUUGCUCUGAAUAACUAUCAUUUUGUUUUCCACAGCUCCACAUUGUUCACAUGAACACCAAGUACAAAACCAUCACAGAAGCCAAAGGGCACCCCAACGGACUUGCUGUCUUGAGCUUCUUGUUUAAGGUAUCUCCUGAGAAGCAGCUGCUGUUACGUUAUUUAAAGUACCUACAGCAGACACAUACUUUCCUAUAUGUUCAUUCGCUAUUAUCUAUAUCUAUCUAUCUAUCUCUCCUGCCAACCUAGCAGUUCAAAAGCACGUCAAAGUGCAAGUAGAUAAAUAUGUACUGGUCCAGCGGGAAGGUAAACGGCAUUCCCGUGCGCUGCUCUGGUUCGCCAGAAGUGGCUUAGUCAUGCUUGUCACAUGACCCAGAAGCUGUACACUGGCUCUCUAUCUAUCUAUCUAUCUAUCUAUCUAUCUAUCUAUCUAUCAUCUAUCUAUCAUCUAUCUAUCUAUCAUCUAUCUAUCUAUCUAUCUAUCUAUCUAUCUAUCUAUCUAUCUAUCUAUCUAUCAUCUAUCUAUCUAUCUAUCUAUCUAUCUAUCUAUCUAUCUAUAUCAUCUAUCUAUCUAUCUAUCUAUCUAUCUAUCUAUCUAUCAUCCAUCCAUCCUUCCAUCCAUAAUUUAGGUUUAUUCGCAAAAUUCUAAGUGAAGUAAGUACUUGAAGCAAGGUUUUUGGAGGCCAUGUUUACAAUGUGGGGAGGAGACUUUAUCCUGUUUGGUUACCUUUGUCUGCUUGAUGCUGGAGGGGUAACAGCUUGAGGGCAAAGGGAAUUUGCAAUGGGUCAAGUACCAAAGAUGCAUACUAGAUUUUUGCUCUGCAGGUAUCUGAUGCAGACAAUACCAAUUACAACACCAUCGUCACUGGCCUGAGGAAUAUCACUCGUGCAGGUGAGCAUCGAGCCUCAGGCAAUCCUUUAGAAUGCUUGGAUUUGGGUGAAUCAGGGCCACAUGGACACCAUACAUUUUUGGGGAUCUUACUAGUGCUUGGUACCAAUUGAUUAUUGCCUAAGGGAAAGCAACAUGCCAGCAAGUUUGGGUGAAUCUACCAAUUUCAGUUUCUUUUCUUUUCUUUUCAAUAAUAUUUUUAUUAGUUUUCACUUACAAUCCAAUAAUAGCCUCAUUAUAACAAUGCCAAUUUAUAAUACAAUUAUUGAUACCAAUUGUUCAACUACCAAAUUAUAUAAUUUAGAUAAAGUGGCCACCUGUGUGCUAGAUUUGAUGAAUUGAUUAUUUGCUUUAUCUCUGUGCUCCAAAAUCUUAUUAAUUUUCAUUACAUUGCAGUCAUAAUAAUAAUCUCUUAUACAACACCUGCAAUAUUAAUAACUUCUAUUUGUGUUGACACGUUAAAUGAUUUAUAAAUCUACAAGUGAGGAACUCAAACUAUAUCUCCAUUCUUCCUGUGUGUGGCAAUUAUUCUGUCCGGGUUUUUCUUCCUGUCCUUGUAAGAUGUUAUGUCUUUCUUUCCCCCGGUUGUUGCUGUUAACCAUCAUGCCUUAGGCGGAGUUGAUAUCCCAUUGUUGUUCCAGAAAUCCAGUUUCUUAUUUUUGUAGUCUUGUGUUCCCUCUUCACAUCAAUUCAUUUAAAAAAUAAAUAAAAGUGCUCAUGAAAAUCCAGCAGGAUCUUAGUGCGAAUUCCCCUCACGGGCACAUUUUAGCAGAGCGAUUUCCCCUACGGUAAUGCAUUUCUGUACGUUCUCCAUUUGAAAUGGAGUUGCGUGUCGAGGACUCCCAAGACACCCCUGAAUAAAAACAUGUUCACACAUCAUUUUUGUUUUGGUUUUUGGCAUAAUUUUGGCCACAACUUUAUUGAAUUACAGUAAGUGAGUGGUUGCUUAGGCAUUGGUUAGCGACUAUCUGUUCCCACUUGGAGGUAGGAACAGAACUGACAACCACACCCGUGCGAAAGUCACUAGGGUAAACAAUUUUGGGGAGAGAAAAAGCUGGGCGCCAGGCUCACACCUCUCCCCAAAUGCUCCCUGGGACUCUUGCGUAGCCCUAGCACUUUGUCAGGGAUACGGACAAAAGCAUGGCGAGCCCCUGGAUUCCUUUAACGGAAUACCCUUGCAGCAGCAGCAUUAGAAGGGCAGGCACAGCCAGGUGGCGCUGUGGGUUAAACCACAGAGCCUAGGACUUGCUGAUCAGAAGGUCAGUGGUUCGAAUCCCCAUGACGGGGUGAGCUCCCGUUGCUCGGUCCUGCUCCUGCCAACCUAGCAGUUCGAAAGCACGUCAAAGUGCAAGUAGAUAAAUAGGUACCGCUCAGGUGGGAAGGUAAAUGGCAUUUCCGUGUGCUGCUCUGGUUCGCCAGAAGCGGCUUAGUCAUGCUGGCCGCAUGACCCGGAAGCUGUACGCCGGCUCCCUCAGCCAAUAAAGCGAGAUGAGCACCGCAACCCCAGAGUCGGUCACAACUGGACCUAAUGGUCGGGGUCCCUUUAUCUUUACCUUUAACCGUGACUUACAAGUUGUGACGAUUUGCUAUGCAGUAGGCAAAACCCAAAUGGCCCCAGCCAAUCAGCCAAAUGGAAAAAUUCCUACCAGGCCCCUGCUCCAAAGCAGACGACCCCAUGACAGGCAUAGCAAGGUCAGCGCAAACAAACCCUAAAUAAAGGGAGGGUGGGCGGGUAAUCUGAUGUGCGCAGCGAAAAGAAGAAGCUCAACGCUGCGCACAGGGACCUAUAUAGCACCUCCAUCAAUCAAAUAAAAUUCAACAAUCAGUUUUCCCCAGCAACACUGAAGGUGCCCAAUCAAAUCAGUGGCCAUCCAAACUAACCCGCCCAGCAACAGGGGAUGUCAUGGUUGCUCCCACUGCAACACGUGCUCUCCAUGAAGGAGAACCCGCUUUCUCGUUUCCCUUCAUCACACCCCAGUGAGAGAGCCAGUGUGGUGUAGUGGUUAAGAGCAGUGGACUCGUAAUCUGGCUCCUCCACAUGCAGCUGCUGAGUGACCUUGGGCUAGUCACACUUCUUUGAAGUCUCUCAGCCUCACUCACCUCACAGAGUGUUUGUUGUGGGGGAGGAAGAGAAAGGAAAAUGUUGGCUGCUUUGAGACUCCUUUGGGUAGUGGUAAAGCGGGAUAUCAAAUCCAAACCCCAAUUCUCUGUUUCUGUUUCUCUGCUUAGAGGAUUAUGUCGAGUUGGCCUCCACGUUUUCUCUGAGCAACCUCCUCCCCAACAUGGCCUUACUCUCCAAAUAUUAUCGCUACAAGGGCUCCCUCACCACCCCAAACUGCGAAGAAGUGGUGCAAUGGACUGUGUUCGAAGAGAACAUCCCAAUCAGCAAGCCACAGGUGAGAAAAACAGACAUUUCUAUGUCUCUGCGUUGUUGCUCUUGUUUCUCCUUUUAGCCAAAAAAGGCUGUGGCUUUUGAAAAACAAAAAUGGCUCCCGAUCUAAAAUGACACAAGAAGAGCUUGCCAGAUCAGGCUAAUGGCCUAUCUAGCCAAGAAUCCUGUACAGUGGUACCUCAGGUUAAGUACUUAAUUCGUUUCGGAGGUCCGUUCUUAACCUGAAACUGUUCUUAACCUGAAGCACCACUUUAGCUAAUGGGGCCUCCUGCUGCCACUGCGCCACCAGAGCAUGAUUUCUGUUCUCAUGCUGAAGCAAAGUUCUUAACCUGAGGUACUAUUUCUGGGUUAGCGGAGUCUGUAACCUGAAGUGUAUGUAACCCGAGGUACCACUGUAUUCAAAGAAAUACUGCCUCUGUCAGUUGAAAACACAGCCAUUGUCAGCCACAGUGGUUGAAGUCCAUAUUGCUUAACUUGGCCAGCUCAGCUCUCCCCUGCCUCAAGCAGGGGGGCAGUAAAUCACAAGAGCAGGCGUUGGCAGAAAUCACAAUGCAGGAAAAACCAUGAAGCCAGCCCAUGCCUCUACAGAGCUCCAGCCCUAUUUCAGUUAUCAUGAUAUAUUGGUAUAUGCCAGGGGUCGGCCCACGAAGACCAUUUUACCAGCCAACGAACCGCCCCUGAACUGAGCAGCCCACUCAGCAAGUCCCUUGCAUGCUGUGCUAAACCAGUGCAGCGACUUGCCGAGUGGCAGUGGAAAUCGCGUCUGCGCAUGCACAGACGCCGAAAAUUGCUUCUGCACAGGCAUGAUUUUCAACAUCUGGGCAUGCGCAGAAGCGAUUUCCAGCACCGCAGACAUGCACAGACGCGAUUUCCGGCAUUGCGCUGCACCAGUCUGGCCCAUGGCCAGUAAACCUUGCUGACCCCUGGUAUAUGUUGUGAUACAGUGGUGCCUCGCAAGAUGAAAUUAAUUCAUUCCGCGAGUUUUGUCGUCUUGCGAUUUUUUUCGUCUUGCGAAGCACGGUGUCGGGAAAGUUUUGGAAAAGCUUCAAAACUCACCAAAGUCUUUAAAAACCUCAAAAAAGGCUACCACACAGCGUUCUAUGAGUUGCUCCUCGAAGUCAAGUCGCAACUGUAUUAACGGUGUUAAGAAAAAGGAAACAAACUUGCAAGACGUUUCCGUCUUGCGAAGCAAGCCCAUAGGGAAAAUUGUCUUGCGAAGCAGCUCAAAAAACAAAAAACCCUUUCGUCUAGCGAGUUUUUUGUCUUGCGAGGCAUUCGUCUUGCGAGGUACCACUGUAUAUUGGUAUAUAUUGACAUAUGUCAUUGAAAUUCCACUCAGUAUUGAUCAGAGGCAGAUUCCAAUGUACAGUGGUACCUCGGGUUACAUACGCUUCAGGUUACAGACUCCGCUAACCCAGAAAUAGUACCUCGGGUUAAGAACUUUGCUUCAGGAUGAGAACAGAAAUCGGGCUCCGGCGGCGCGGCAGCAGCAGGAGGCCCCAUUAGCUAAAGUGGUGCUUCAGGUUAAGAACACUUUCAGGUUAAGAAUGGACCUAUGGAACUAAUUAAGUUCUUAACCUGCGGUACCACUGUAUAAUUAGCAGAGUAAAAACUUAAACACGUUGCAGGAUUCCCCAAAAAUAGACCAGAGGCAAUUAAUAUUUCAUCCAGCAGAGCUUUAUUUCUACUGAAGGCAAAUGAGCAUAACUGGUCACAAAUCCAAUACAUUCAGGAUUGGCACUGUCCACAAGAAAUCCAGUAGCAGCAGACUUAACUUAAGCUUACAAUAACUUAUAAAAAGUCUAAACCUUAACACUAAGCAAACUAUGUGCAGAACACCACACCAGAAGGGAGAGCGAUAGAAAAAGAAACCGAGGCUAUUAUUAUAGCCAGCAUGACCUUGACAGAAGAGAUAACAGGACCAGUUUAAGCCAGCUGUACUCAGCUUCUCUGAAGGAAUAAGCCAAACAUCACGAACCUUCUGCUUGUUUCUUUCACACAGAGAAGCCUCCAGAACCCUCUUGAAUUAAUUAGAAUGGGAAAGAUCUCUACAUAUCAGAUCAAUGCUUUCUGCACUAAGAAAUGGAAACUGACACUUUCCACAUUCAGCGUCAUAUGACAAACGGUUUAUAAAUCUUUCUGCAUGCCAGCACCUAGCCCCUAGUAACUGCUGAACCAUUCUCUCAUUCCUCUAUUUAGCUGAAUGCAUUUGUCAACACCCUUUACUACAAAAGCGCUGGAACAACUUCCCUGAAAAUGACCAACAACUUUCGCCCACCGCAGCCUCUUCAUGGUCGUAAAGUCUACGCUUCCAGAGACGCCACCAUUAGCCGUGGCUCCCCGCUGGCUGUCAAUCAUCUCUUCCCUCUGCUUUUGGCUGUUUUGAUUGGCCAGCUUUCUGGCCCCUCCUAG